CCCCCCAUGAAAGACCUGUCCUUCUUCCUCCUCAAGAACUCUCUGGGAGCCAAGAUGAAGAUUAAGGUACGUCUAAGAAGCUUCUGCAAUGGGGUUGGUUCAACAUCGACGCUCAACCAAAACAAGGCUGACUGUGAUUCAUCCUGCUGCAUGGUGACCCCAUCCAUUGAUACCUCUUCCUACUGGGAUGACACUAAUUUGGAUCCAGAUCGCCCACCAACCCUGGAGGAGAUGAUCUUGCAGCUAGAAUUAGAAGAGGAAGCUACAAGCAGGAAGGCAAAGUUUGAUGACUUUGAUGCGUCGUCGUCAUCGUCGAAACGUAGAAUGUCUUGCGUGAACAACUCUGACAUACUACGUUCUGCAAGGAAUGCAUUGAAUCAGUAUCCUCGGUUCUCUGUGGAUGGGAGGGAUGCCAUGUAUCGUUCUUCGUUCCGGAACUUGGCUUCCAUUACUGGGGUUGGCUACAAAACUGGGAGAACAUCGGUUUGUUGCAGCAGUAGUGGUCUUAAACUCAGAGCAGAGAAGCUCUUUAAGGAUGGUUUUGAUUUAGAUUUGGAGAGAACUCCUGGGUUACCCCAAACUAUAGCUGGAGAAAGCGUGCUCUGGUGCAAACCAGGUGUGGUAGCCAAGUUGAUGGGCCUGGAGGCCAUGCCAGUCCCUAUUGCUACUGAUAGUAACCACAGGAAGGAGAACUCAGAAGUGAAGUAUUUAAAUCUGAGCUCCACCAAUAUUAGGAAGGAAAAUCUUAGGAGAGCUGAUCAGAUGCGGGAACUGGGGAAGAGAAGGCUUGUUAUUGGUACCAGUGGUGGUUGCAGGAGGUUGGGGAGAGGGACUGCCUUCUCAGGCUCAAACUCUCUUUCUCUGGAUCCCAUGGGAGGUCGGUCAGAGGGGUUGGGAGGCUACUAG